AUGGCCAAAGGGUCGGCGAAAGCCACGCGUAAAUUCGCUGCAAGUGGGCAGCUGCAGAAACAAAUUCAAGCGAGGCGGAAACACCAGCAAAUCAAGAAGAAGUCCGAGAAGCGGAAAGGUGGUAAAGGAAAAGAGAGAGCGCAUCCAGGUGAUGCCGAGGACGAUGGAGAAGAGCAGGGUAGCGCUGAAGAGAAGCAGACUUCCAAACUCAAAGGCAUGUCUGUUGACGACUUCCUGGGCGGCGGUUUCAUGGACGAGGAUGAGUCCCUUGGCUCGGACGCCGAAGAUGAUUAUGAUGGAGAGGAUGACGAGGAUGAGGAUGGAGACGACGAUCAGUCCUUCGCAUCUGUAGAUGACCUUGACGGCGAGGGUACUGCACACAUGGACGAAUUGUCAAAACUGGCAGAAAAGGAUCCAGAGUUCUACAAGUAUCUGCAAGACAAUGACCGUGAACUACUGGACUUCGACCCCGGUGCCCUACAAGAAGAGGGCGUAGAUGAAGGCGUAGAAAUGGCAGAAGAAAAAACUCCUGUGCUUACAAGAGACAUCCUACAAAAGUGGCAGAAAGCGCUGUUAAAGGAACGGUCAUUACGGGCUCUUCGGAAGCUCCUCAUUGCAUUCCGCGCUGCUGCACAUAUGAAUGAAGAGGACCAAGUCGUUGCUUGGACAAUUGACAGUUCAUCAGUGUACAACAAACUCGUCACCACGGCGUUGAGAUACACACCUAUAGUGCUUGCGCAUCAUGUGCCUUACAAAAUGCUUCCGAGCGGUAAAAUCAAGCCGCCAACGCAAACCCUAAAACUCAAGACGCUCCAGAAAUUGAUUCUAUCCUAUUUUCAUAAUAUCAUUCACAUCACAUCACAGCUCUCUGAACCAGAUCUGGUGAAAUUGGCCGUCGCAGAGAGUGCAAAAUUAUUACCAUAUAUUGUCGGCAGCCGUAAAGCUGUCAAACAAUAUUUGAAGAUGACGUUGGAGUUAUGGUCGACCGCCGAUGACAGCGUUCGGAUUGCUGCUUUUUUAGCUAUUCGCAAAUUGGCAACUGCAACAGACGAAUCUAUAUUAGAUAUGGUUUUAAAGUCUACCUACCUCACUCUUAUUCGUUCAGCGAAGUCGACGAACAUACAUAGUUUGCCGUUGAUCAACUUGAUGAAAAAUUCAGCUUCUGAGAUUUUCUGUCUUAAUCCUGAAGCAGCAUAUCAGCACGCGUUCGGGUUCAUUCGUCAGCUGGCUAUUCAUCUUAGGAAUGGCAUGAAAAUGAAAACUAAGGAAUCGUACAAGCAGGUCUAUAAUUGGCAGUAUGUGCAUAGUGUUGACUUCUGGGCAAUUGUGCUUGCACGGGCGUGCGAUGUGCAAGCGACGCUCCAAAAGAACGGUAAGAACGACACUCUGAAACCCCUGAUAUACCCUCUGGUACAAGUCGCCACAGGAGCAAUCAGACUUGUCCCUAACUCACGUUCUUACCCCUUCCACUUCCAUAUCAUCCGUUCGCUCACUCAUCUGUCUCAACACACUCACACCUACAUCCCCCUCGCUCCACAUCUUCUUCCGAUUUUGACCUCAACUCUUAUAUUCUCAAAGCCCAAAUCAUCCACCCUCCGUCCACUCGAUUUUGAGACUAACAUCCGUGCACCCCAACAAUACAUCCACACGCGAGUCUACAACGAGGGUGUGGCCGAUGAAGGCGCAUUUCUUCUUACAGAAUGGCUGGCUACGCCACCAGUGCAAGGGAGUAUUGCCUUUCCUGAGCUCGUUGUCCCAGUCACGGUCGUUCUGCGCAAGGCUCUCAAGACCUCCCGCAUAAAUCAAAAAUCUUCCAACGGGAAGGAAGCGAGCUUGUUGAAAAGCAUGCUCGAACGGAUCGAGGACAGCGCGAAAUGGGUUGAGCAGAGACGAGAGACUGUGUCCUUUGCCCCCGCGAAGAUGGGUGAGGUGGACAGGUGGGAGGCGGGUAUCAAGGUUGAGGAGACUCCCUUGGGGAAGUACAUCAAGGUGCAGAGGAAGGUGCGGGAGAAACGGAGGAAGCUGGUCGAGAAGGCAAGGGAAGGCGAAGAUGAGAUACUGGAGGAUUAG